AUGGCUCCAGCUUCGGAGCUGCCGUUGUGUGUCUCCGUAGAGGGAGAUGCUGGUUAUGCCUCCUGUCCUUGCGCAGAUGGAGAUGAAAAAUACAAUGUCAUGUCAUUAGAGGCGGCUUCGUACAGAACUGGGGACGAGGAGCUUGUCACACUGCAGCAGUGUGACAGCGACAAUGUGAUUGUGCAGUGUGGCCUUAGCCACUCAUAUGCUCUCGGCUAUUGCGGAAUCAACCCGUACACUACAUCUAAGGGAUAUCCGAGAAAGGAUAUCGCAACCGGAGUGCCGUUGGACAAUCAUCUGAAUGGGGGAGCAUCUACUGAGAUAUCCUCAUUCUUAGGAGCAAACUCAACGGUUGAUCAUAAAUAUAAUGAUCUGUCCAAACGAAACACAACUCAUCCACACAAGCAUAAAAAGAAGCCCUUGCACCAUCCACCCAAAAGUCUCUACGCAGAGAUCAUCGUGCCAGUUCUAGUCGUCACCUUCCUGAUAGGGGUAUUUUUCAUCUUCUUCGCCAGAAGGAAAAUCCGACAACAGAAGAAGUACCAGCAACAACAGCAGCAGCGAGGAAACAAUCAGAUAUCAUCAAUGGAGAUGGGUGCUCUCAGGCCACUCCACGAUAUCCAAGAUGACACGAAAUCAGCGCCGACAACUAGGACAACUACAACAACUACGGCGAUGGGAAUCCUGUCACGACAGGGCUCAGGGAGCAGCUCUACCUUCACCCGUCCUCGACCGGCGCCUUUCCCUCCACCUGCAUCGCCGCCACCUAAUCGGCCACUACCACCCAUUCCGGUACGGAAAGUCAAGAGCCCGCCUGUGGUAGCGGAGGGGCAUGGGGGCGAGGGUGAUAUCGAGAUGCUUCCUCAGUGGCAUCUUGUCUAUGAGAACACGGAGUCUUCGUCCGGUUCUAAGGCGUGA